UACCGAAACCUGUUCAGAUUACAAGGAGGGAUUACAAAAAAAUUCAGAUUCCCUCUUAAACAUUUUAGAGGGAAAUUUGAACUAAAAUUUGCCCUAAAUUUCAGAAUUUGCAGCACCCCUAUAAAUACAUUAACAAGGCUGCAUUUAACACAACCUCCACCAACCUCCCAAAAAAACAAAAAACCCAAACAUUUUACAUUACCAUUUCCCUCAGAAAAGCUUCAUCAUUGGGAUGGAGGAGGGGUCAAGACAGAGUCUACACUUAAGCAGCAGUAGGAAGAACUUGGUGGUGCAAUUCCUCCUUAAGCAUAGCACUGAUGGAGUGCUCAUAAAAGGGGCAGUGACGGAGGCGGCAGAGGAGUUUGGCAUCAGUAGAAAGACUGUUUACAGGAUGUGGAAGGCAGCAAAAGAGCAGAUGCAAAGGGGGGAACCUGCACACAUGGAAGGCAAAGUUAAAGGAUAUCAACAUUCAGACAAGUUCGACCUAGAUGAAGAAAAGACAGGUACUACCUCUUGCCGGAUGAAGAUGAGCCAUAUAGGGCAUGCAAGUCAAAGAGGUUUAUCACCAAAGUGAUGUUCAUGUGUGCAGUAUGUAGACCAGUAUUUGGCCCGGAUGGCCAGACCAAAUUUGAUGGAAAGUUGGGUAUUU